GUCUCGUGGUCAUGCUCCGGUCGAAGGACUCUGGGAAACAGCGCUAACUUGUACUUUAGUAGAUCAUUCUGAUCUUGCGAAAUGUAACCUUCCUCACCCCUCACUACUAUCAUUUACCCUCUCACCACUUAUCACUACAACCAAGGACCAUUUAAUUCACCAUGGAGUUCAACCCUACUCGAGCCAUUGUGCAUAACGAAGGUUGCGACCUGCAUUAUUGGUACCAGGGCAAGGGGCCGCUCAUCACCUUCGUCCCGGGCGGCAACGGUCAUGGGCGGCAGUUCAACAACAUGAUUGCCGCCCUGUCCGACAGGUAUACCUGCGCCACCUUUGACCGUCGCCAGAUGUCGGCAAGCAAGGUCGAGGUCAACAAGAGGCUCAGCAUUCCGCAGCAAGCCCGGGACAUCCGCGCCGUCAUCAAGGCCGUGGGCUUCGUAAAGUCCAUCGUCUUCGGAAGCAGCAGCGGAGCCAUCUUCUCCUACGUUCUCGCUCACGACUUCCCCGAGAUGGUCGACCACCUCAUCGCCCACGAGGCACCCACCGUCAAUAUUCUCCCCGAAGCCUCCAAGGUCUUCGAGUGGUUCCUCCACCUCAUGGAGGUCUACGAGACCCAGGGCCUCGACCAGGCCGCUAGCGAGUUCGGUGCCAAGCUGCUUGGGUACGACGACGAGGGAAUCCCGAAGACGGUUCCGCCCGAGACCGAGAACCCGCGCAAUUUCUGGGAUAACGAGUUCCCCGUCCUGCUGGGCUACACGCCCAACUUCUGGCGUCUGAAGCAGAACAAGACCAGCAUUGGGGUCAUGAGAGCCGUCCGGUCGAGGGAUGCCUUCUUUGCGAGGGCGGUCGAGGAGCAGGCCAAGAUCCUGGCGUGCCCCAAGCUGCUUGUCCCGGGGCACCACCAGGGGUUUGAGGUCGAGACCAAGGAGUUUCUCCCGUAUUUCCUGUACAUGCUAGAGAUCUUGGAGGAUAAGAGGAGAGCCGUAUAGGCAUGCGUUGCGUCUCAAGAUGGCCGAAUCACAUUCAAGUUGGUGAA